AUGCCGAAUCUGCCGCGGCAACUGUCCAUAACGACUCCAAGAAUACUUGACCCAUUAUCUAUUACUGCGGGAAGUACGAGCAGCGCCGUCGUUGAAAGCGGCAACCUACGCGGCACCUCGACGAAUCGCAAAGAGGACGCUGCCUCUUCACAGGUGGCGAUUGGCCCUACCAGCCUUCAAUUUGCCGAUUUUGGGUUUGCUUUCGGUUCCAACUUUCAAAUUUUGGUUCUUGGCGAAUACGGAGUUAGUCUGCUAAGUUUGGCUGAGAUUGGUUGUGCCAGCUGUCUUUCUCAAUUGGGAAUGACAGCACGAACGCAGUGUGACGGAUUCCACCACCGCUUUAGCAUGUCACCACAACCUCGGGAUGGCGCAUCGAAUUCCCAACAGCAUGACAGCUCAUCGUGUCCUGAGGUCUAUUUCAGCACUCGAAGUAAAAUUUCCACCGUAACCUUCACUCAGCCUUUUUCGAAGCCCAAACUUUUUGUCCAACGACCUCGCCACCGGUAUAAGCCAGCCCCAGCCUCUCAAGCCAGCCUAGCCCCCAUUAUUCUAGAAGCACCGAUCUAUGGAAACUACAAUUCGGGCAGCUCAGCCGUCAUGAUCCCUGUUGCCCCAACCCUCGCAGUGCGCUACCAACUAAAAGUCCACUGCUCUAGACAACGAUCCCGAAUCCAGUCAAUCUCGAGCUGA